GACCCUUGUUCGGAAAAGGUCGAAUCAUUUUUCCUCUGCUUCUUCUCCAGGGUUUUCUCGUUGUUUCCACUCGCGAGGAUUAGUUUCGUUUCAAAUCUCUCUGAUUAAGAUCGCAACCUAGGAUGGAAAACUUGAAUUCUGAUUGUUUGCUGAAAGAAUUCUACAUUCCCAGUUAUAUAAUGGUUCCAGAUUCACCAGUAGAGCACCUUUCUUACGUGCCUAGUUAUCCAGUAAUAGUUUUUAUUAACACAAAAAGUGGUGGGCAACUUGGAGGCCAGCUGCUUGUGACGUGCCAUGAACUUCUCAACACAGUGCAGGUUUUCGAUGUGGGAAAGGAUGCUCCAGACAAGGUGUUGCAUAAUCUUUAUAGAAACUUUAAAAGGCUUAAAUCUAAUGGAGAUAAUCUUGCUGCUGAAAUUGAGGGACGGUUAAGGCUAAUAGUCGCUGGUGGUGACGGUACAAUAAGUUGGCUGCUUGGAGUGAUUUCUGAUCUGAACUUAGCUCAACCACCUCCUGUUGCUACAAUGCCUUUAGGAACUGGGAACAACAUUCCAUAUUCCUUUGGCUGGGGGAAGAAAAACCCUGGAAUAGACCGUGAAUCAGUCAAGUCAUUUCUGGACAGAGUGAUGAAAGCGAGAGAAAUGAAGGUCGAUAGCUGGCACAUUAUCAUGAGAAUGCAUGCUCCUGAAGAUUGUUCUUGUGAUCCGAUUGCUCUUCCAGAAUUGCCCCAUUCUCUUCAUAUGUUUCGUCGUGUAUCGCCUACCAAUGUGCUAAACAUGGAGGAUUAUCACACAUUUCGUGGGGGAUUUUGGAACUACUUCAGUAUGGGAAUGGAUGCCCAAGUAUCAUAUGCAUUUCACUCUGAAAGGAAGUUGCAUCCUGAAAAAUUCAAGAAUCAGCUAGGUAAUCAGAGAACAUAUCUUAAGCUAGGUUGUACACAAGGAUGGUUCUGUACCUCUUUAUGUCAUCCUACUUCUCGGAAUAUAGCUCAGCUUGCAGAGGUCAAGAUCAUGAAGAAACAUGGUCAGUGGGAAAAAUUGCACAUUCCUCGCAGUAUUAGGUCGAUAGUCUGCCUUAAUUUACCUAGUUUCUCUGGUGGAUUGAAUCCUUGGGGAACCCCAAGUAGGAGGAAAAAGCAAGAUAGGGACUUGACUCCACCAUUUGUGGAUGAUGGCCUUCUCGAGAUUGUGGGUUUUAAGGAUGCUUGGCAUGGGCUUGUUUUGCUCACCCCUGGGGGACACGGAACUCGUCUUGCGCAGGCACACCGCAUUAAAUUUGAGUUUCACAAGGGCGCAGCAGACCACGCAUACAUGCGAAUGGAUGGGGAGCCAUGGAAGCAGCCUCUUCCAAGGGACGAUGGCAAAGUCAUAGUGGAGAUUUCCCACCGCGGCCAAAUCAAGAUGCUCGCAGCCCCCGACAACUGCAUCGCCAAGAGCAUCCAGGACACCACCUCUUCUUCAUCGGUUGCCAGCCAUCAUACUGAAGAAUCUUGCAUUGAGGGAUCAGAAGACAGCGAAUCAGAGGAGAGGAAGAAAUUCGGCGCGGCAGUUUCAUUCAGGUCUUCUGAUGAUAGGGGCAUUAUAUUGUAAGAUUAAAAAAAAAGUGUUACUUUGUGUUUAAUCUCCAAUAGUUUGCAGUUUGAAGCGUCCAGUCUGUAUGGAAGUUGCUGCAAAUUUUUUGUUUUGUUUUGUUUUUAUUUAUUAUUUUUUUGUCUUUUUGACAAGAAAGUCUGUAGACGGCUAAAGGAAGCAGUAGAAACAGGUGUUAAUUUGCUGAAAUAGUUCCAACUGAAGUACGGCUCAGAAUUGGAACUUCAAAUUGGGGAUUCUGCCACUGGUGUUCUGGAACUCAUGUUAGCUUAUCACUCCAGUGAGAAUAAUCUUUACUAGUUCCUGUUUACAAAGCACUAGUUCUAUACUGAGAGGACUAGCUUUUUGUC